AUAUAAAAAGAGACCCGGCAAAGGGCCCCUAGCUGCUUCUAGCUCUCAGCCUGGGCGAAGGUGUGGGAAGGAAAAGCAGCUGCAAAGGCAAGGCCAACAUGUCUCCUACCUUCAAACUUCAGUGUCACUUCAUUCUGAUCUUCCUGAUGGCUCUAAGAGGGGACGGCCGGUACCUAGAGCUGCGGGAAGCAGUAGACCACGACCCUUUCCUGCUCUUCAGCGCCAACUUGAAGCGGGAGCUGGCUGGGGAGCAGUUGUACCGCCGCGCUCUGCGGUGCCUGGAUAUGCUGAGCCUGCAGGGCCAGUUCACCUUCACCGCGGACCGGCCGCAGCUGCACUGUGCCGCCUUCUUCAUCAGUGAGCCCGAGGAGUUCAUCACCAUCCACUACGACCAGGUCUCCAUCGACUGUGAGGGCGGGGACUUCCUAAAGGUUUUUGAUGGUUGGAUUCUUAAGGGGGAGACAUUCCCCAGUUCCCAGGAUCAUCCUCUCCCCACAACUGAGCGCUACAUAGAUUUCUGCGAGAGUGGGCUUAGUGGAAGAAGCAUCAAAUCCUCCCAGAACGUGGCCAUGAUCUUCUUCCGAAUUCAUGAACCAGGAAAUGGAUUCACAUUAACCAUAAAAACAGAUCCCAACCUGUUUCCCUGCAAUGUCAUUUCCCAGACACCAAAUGGAAGGUUUACCCUGAUAGUUCCACAUCAGCACCGAAACUGCAGCUUCUCCAUAAUUUAUCCAGUGGUGAUCAAAAUAUCUGAUCUUACCUUGGGGCACUUAAAUGGUCUUCAGUUAAAGAAACCCUCAGUAGGUUGUGGGGGAAUAGGAGACUUUGUGGAGCUGCUGGGAGGAACUGGUUUGGACCCUUCCAAGAUGAUGCCAUUAGCUGAUCUCUGCUCUCCCUUUCACGGGCCUGCCCAAAUGAAAAUUGGCUGUGACAACACAGUGGUGCGCAUGGUCUCGAGUGGAAAACACAUAAAUCGUGUGACUUUUGAGUACCGCCAGCUGGAACCAUAUGAAGUGGAAAACCCAAAUGGAAACAGUAUCCAGGAAUUCUGUUUGUCUACUCUUUGAACCACCAACCCACUGAUUUACAUACUGCCAGCUAAGAGAGUUUAAAUAGCUAUUAUAUGAUUUUGAUGCCAGCUAGUUAUGUCUUUCAUGCCAGUUAGUAUUCCCAGUCUACACACACACACACACACACACACACACUUACACAUGCACAUUAAUUUCUGUACUUUUUCUUUUUUUCAUUUGUAACAUAUUCGUGAUCACAAAGAAAAAAAUAAGUCCCCUUUUUGUAGAAAAGCAAUUUUCUGCAAUUCUUUGGUAUGCUACAAACCUGCAUGGAUAAGACACAUGCAAGCAAUGUGGCAAUAAACAACAGUAUCUCACGGGAAAUACAACAAAGAAAUAAAAAAUGGUGGCAUUCAUAUAAGUUUUAUAACAGAAAACAAUGUCUUGUUUGUUCACAGUAGUUGCAUCUAUUUUUUGUUUAUAAAUCUGUUUAUAAUAGGAAUAGUCACAGCUUUAUUUCUUGAUUAGUAACAGCUUGUUUUUAACAAAGUUUUUAACAAACUUUCCAUCUACAAUACGAACACGAAUAAACACAGUCAGAAUGUUGGCACAUUGACAUCGUGCUUCGUUUGCUUUCCUGAGUAGUCUUCUCCCUAUUGCCAGCAGAAAACCAAGUCCUCUAAACAAAUAUCACAUCCUUAUGUUGUAAACCUGAGACUAAUGUGAUAUUUCGUGUCAAUUAUAUCUCAAUAAAGAAUGCAUUGCAAGAGCAAAGAAUGUCUUCAUGUGAUACAGAACCAAAUGGUGAAUUUUAAAUGUUCUAAAGAACAAGAGAAACCUGUGGACCAAAUACCUAAAGAAUUCUGGGUCAAUGAAGUAGAAUCAUUCAGAGAGAAGGCAGAAUCACAGCACUGGCACAAACAACUCUAACUGAUUGGCUUCAAUAAGGAAGUGAGAUGUAGGAUGCAAGGAACCUUUUUCCACUGCCUGACAACUCUCAGACACAACCAGAGUACUUCUUUGGUACUAACAGCAGUUGAGUGUUGAGUGAGCCUUGCCUAUAUGUGGCUUAAGACUAAAUCCACUAAAGAUUUCAGAAUAAGACUCCCUGUUCUGGGAAUAAAUAAAUGAAUAAAGGUCUGCUUUAUACCAGUCUUCUCAAACUGGGUUGCGUCUUUAGUAUUAGUUUAAAAUAUUCAUUGGUGGGCCUCCCUGGUGGCACAAGAUGUUAAGUAACGCACUAUGAAGCUAUCCACAGCCUCUGCAACGCGAGUUCGAUCCUCGGCCCUCCAGGGAGCAACCCACAUGGCAAAGCUGACCUCUCCUGUCUCGCCCGCUGCUCCCCUCAGCCGUGUAUUUCAAUCUACCUGUUCUGCUCUCCCCACCCCUGCAUCUCUGGCCUAUACCUCAGGUCUUGUAUGCAUAAAUAAAUCUUUAAAAAAUAUAUUCAUUGGCUAAUUUGGCUGCAAAGCUCACAAUAAUAUUUAAUAUUUCUGCUUUUGCAUUGAACUAUUUAUUUUUGUCUUUUAAUACAUGAGGUUCUUUUUUACCUGCUGUGGAGUUUUUCCUUAGAGAUGAAAUAAAUUUACACAGAGCAAAUUUUGGUGACAAAGAUUCUUCCAGAUUUCUUCCAAAUUUCUUCCAAAUUCCAAAGGAAUUUCUUGCUAUUUUACUGGGGAGGCAAUGCUGCCAGAACUUCCCUGCAAAGAGGAAUCUUCAUGAAAGAAAAAGACUUAAUGGGUAGGGUUUACUGAUAGGCAGUUUGUUCAUGUGCUUAACAACACCUAAUAGAGUUGCAGACAGGAGCUUCUAUUAUAGGGUAUUCACAUGAAAUUAUAUCUGAAUAUAUUGUUAUCAAUGCUGUGGACUAUUUCAGAUAAAUGCCUCUAUGUUCAAAUAAGCAGAUUGAACAGCCUCAUUCCUAAUGGAUCAUUUGUAAUGAUUACCAUCCAUUUUUCUUCUUCACAUGUUAAGAUAAACUGUAUAGGGCCUCCCCAGUGGCGCAGCAGUUGAGCACUGGGUUGUGAAGCUGCCUGCAGCCUCUGCAGCGCCGGUUCGAUCCCCGGCCGCUGGGCGAGGGUCCCACAUGGUGCACAGACCUCUCCUGCUGCCCGCUGCUCCCCUCAGCAGUGUAUUUCAUCGGUCUGCCUGUUCUGUUCCCCGCUCUGGCUCUGGUGAAUUCUCUCACCCUCCCGCGCUUCUGACUGUACC